AUGGAGGGCGCUGCUGCGGGACGUGCUGGAACCACACGGAGGAUGGACUCAGGUCGCAGCGGAAGCAUCUGCAGGAGUUUCCUAAUCGGCUCUUGUAGAUUUGGUCCAAGGUGUCAUUAUCGCCAUGAGUGGCCAGUCAUACCAUCAGCCCAGAUAUGUAGACACUUUCAGAAAGGUGGAUGCUGGUAUGGCGAUAGCUGCAGGUUUAUCCACAUCCUCCAGCCUGUAGCGGAUGCAGCUGUUGCAGGUAGAAGGAGUUCGGUGCCCACAGUCUCCUCCUCACACGUGGCCCACGCUCAGCCGGACAGAAGAAGGUCAGAGCCUGCUCUUCUGCGGGCUGAGACUUCUUCAACAGAGACAACAGAGGAGGGGGCUACAGCUGCAGCCUUUGCGAGCCAGGGGGGAGUUGAGGAAGGGGGGUCGUUCCUCAACAGUAAAAACAUGACCUGCGGCAUCUGCAUGGACAAAGUCUACGAAAAAACUGAACUAAACGAACAACUUUUCGGGAUAUUGCCCAACUGCAAUCACUCCUUCUGUUUACCAUGUAUAAGGACCUGGAGGAAAACCAAAGACUUUGGGCAGGACGUGGUUAAGAGCUGCCCACAGUGUCGAGUGAGAUCUGCCUUUUACGUGCCAAGCAAAUACUGGGUCGACGGAAAGGAAAAGGAAAACGUAAUUGCUGCUUUUAAAGAGAAAUGCAGACAGAAAAGCUGCAGUUACUUUGCACGAUACAGAUGCUGUCCCUUCAAGGCGGAGUGCCUUUAUCGACAUGAUAAACCUUUAAGUCGAAGAUCAUUCCAGUAUCCUACAGAAGAUAAAGACGACUUUGUGGGUUUAGCCCUUCUGGAUCUUUUCAUGGACAUGGCCCUCAGUGUUGAGUAUGAUGAUGAUGAUGAUAAUGAUGACGACUUUGAGGCCUAUUACACUCUUUUCCCCCCACGUAUGGAGUACGGAUUAUGAGCUCUUUUUUUUCAUUCUUGUCAGUGUCUGAAACCACUGAUUGGGGCCUCGGCCUUACACAAUCAUUGGUCCCAGGAGAACACACAGUUGUGUUUUGACCCCUCUGCCCUCCUUGUUUAAGUAUUGAAACAACUUGUGAGUUGCCAUUUAGAGGACAAGGGGAAACAACCACGCACCGUGGACUGCCAAGUGUGUUCAUGUUAUUGAUUAGUCAGACUUCAGCAGACGAUUCAACCACAAGAAGAACUUAUCUGUGAAUUUAUCUUCUACUGUCUGCUUGAAAAUGAAAAUAAGUCGAGUUACCUCUUCAUUGCACAUAGAUAAUUGACCCUACCCCCAGAAACAAAAAAACAACCAAGAUUUGUCCCCUCUAAUAAUUUUGUUUAGUCUGUGGCUUCCUGAUUAUUAAGGGUUUACCCUCCCAUGGCUGUCGUUCUUCAAAUAUGUUGCAGAUUGUCAAAUUCCGCUGGACCCCUCCAUGGAUUAAUACGAUUCCUAACCUGUGACCUCUUUGCGAACAAUUUGCACCAUUUUGAUAUUUUAAUAAUCUUAUGUGAAUGGAAGUUUUAAUCGUCUAAAGAUAAAAAGUGUACUUUGCCCCUUCUUCCUGAUGUCCACAACCGAUAAUACCUGUC